AUGUCGACCGUGGUAGCUCAGUCGCUGCAUGUUUUUGGGUUUUGUUCCCACGUGGCCAACAAUAUCUUCUUCUUCGAUGAACAAGUCAUUAUAUUUCCUUCAGGAAAUCACUGUGUGAAGUACAAUGUGGAUCAGAAAUGGCAAAAAUUCAUUCCAGGCUCAGACAAGAGUCAGGGCAUGCUGGCCUUGUCCAUCAGUCCUAAUCGUCGAUACCUCGCUAUCUCCGAGACUGUGCAAGAGAAACCCAUCAUCACCAUUUACGAACUGUCAUCCAUCCCUUGCCGGAAGCGCAAAGUCCUGAGUAAUUUUGACUUCCAAGUUCAGAAAUUUAUCAGCAUGUCUUUUUCUCCAGACUCCAAAUACCUACUGACUCAGACAUCACCUCCAGAGUCACAUCUGGUCUAUUGGCUAUGGGAAAAGCAGAAAGUAAUGGCCCUUAUUAGAACUGACAUUCAGAACAACCUUAUCUACCAGGUGACCAUCAAUCCCCACGAUAACACUCAGAUUUGUGUCACUGGAAAUGGGAUGUUUAAGCUUCUCCGUUUUGCUGAGGGAACCCUAAAGCAAACCAAUUUUCAGAGAGGAGAACCCCAAAACUAUCUAGCUCAUGCCUGGAUGGCUGAUGACAAGAUCAUUGUUGGCACUGAUACAGGCAAACUCUUUCUCUUUGAAUCUGGUGAGCAACGCUGGGAGACAAACAUAAUGGUCAAGGAGCCCUCUGAUGGCUCAAAAAUCCUGGAGGUCAUACAAGAAUCAGAGAGCCUGAUUGAAUUUCCACAAGCCAGUUCCCCAGUCCCUUCCGUUGAACAGAUUGUGGCAGCCACUAACUAUCAUCAAGUGUCCUUGCCCCAGGUGUUUGCCAUUGCUACCUAUUCAAAGGGAUUUGCCUGCUCUGCUGGGCCAGGAAGAGUUCUGCUGUUUGAGAAGGUGGAAGAUAAGGACUUUUACCGGGAGAGCAGGGAAAUCCGGAUUCCAAUAGACCCACAGAGCAAUGAUCCAAGUCAGUCAGACAAACAGGACGUUCUAUGCUUGUGCUUCAGCCCCUCAGAGGAAACCCUGAUUGCCAGUACCAAUAAGAACCAACUCUACAGCAUCACCAUGUCCCUGACAGAGAUCAGCAAGGGGGAGCCUGCUCACUUUGAGUAUCUGAUGUACCCAUUACACUCAGCAUCCAUCACUGGUCUGUCCACCUGCAUCCGCAAACCCCUCAUUGCCACCUGUUCUCUGGAUCGAUCGGUUCGCAUCUGGAAUUAUGAAUCAAACACUCUGGAAUUGUUUAAAGAAUACCAAGAAGAGGCGUAUACAAUCAGCCUUCACCCAUCUGGACACUUCAUUGUAGUAGGGUUUGCUAAUAAGCUCCGCCUUAUGAAUCUGCUCAUUGAUGAUAUACGUUCUUUCAAAGAAUACUCUGUCAGAGGAUGCAGAGAGUGUGCCUUUAGCAAUGGAGGUCACCUGUUUGCUGCAGUCAGUGGAAAUGUAAUUCACAUUUUUACCACUACGAGCUUGGAGAACAUCACAAACCUGAAAGGACACACAGGGAAGAUUCGUUCAGUUGUGUGGAAUGCAGAUGACAGCAAACUGAUUUCUGCUGGCACAGAUGGUGCUGUGUACGAGUGGAAUCUGUCCACAGGAAAGAGAGAGACAGAAUGUGUGCUCAAGUCCUGCAGCUACAACUCUGUUACCAUCUCCCCUGAUGCCAAAAUUAUCUUUGCUGUUGGAUCAGACCAGACCCUCAAGGAGAUUGCAGAUUCUUCAGUCCUUCGAGAGAUGCCAGCAUUUGAUGUCAUCUACACAGCGAUUGUUAUCUCACAUUCUGGGCGCAUGAUGUUUGUGGGCACCUCCGUGGGAACCAUUCGUGCCAUGAAGUACCCUCUGCCUGUGCAGAAAGAAUUCAAUGAGUAUCAGGCUCAUGCUGGUCCCAUCACCAAGAUGUUGCUCACCUUUGAUGACCAGUUCCUGCUGACUGUUGCUGAGGAUGGCUGCCUGUUUACCUGGAAGGUCUUUGAUAAAGAUGGCCGGGGUAUCAAGCGAGAGAGGGAGGUGGGCUUUGCUGAAGAGGUUCUUGUGACUAAAACAGACAUGGAAGAGAAGGCUCAGGUUAUGUUGGAGCUGAAGACUCGUGUGGAAGAGUUAAAAAUGGAGAAUGAGUAUCAGCUUCGACUGAAGGAUAUGAACUAUUCUGAGAAGAUUAAGGAGCUAACUGACAAGUUCAUUCAAGAAAUGGAGUCCUUAAAAACAAAAAACCAGGUUUUAAAAACAGAAAAAGAAAAGCAGGACAUACAGCACCGUGAGCGAAUUGAUGACCUCCUAGACAAACAAAGCCGGGAACUGCAAGAUCUGGAAUGUUGCAACAAUCAGAAGUUGCUUCUAGAAUAUGAGAAAUACCAGGAGCUGCAGCUCAAGUCCCAGAGGAUGCAGGAGGAGUAUGAAAAACAGCUUCGGGACAAUGAUGAGACCAGGAGCCAGGCCCUGGAGGAGUUGACUGAGUUUUACGAGGCCAAGCUGCAAGAGAAAACCACCCUUCUAGAGGAGGCACAGGAAGAUGUCAGGCAGCAGCUGCGGGAGUUUGAAGAAACCAAGAAGCAGAUUGAAGAAGAUGAAGAUCGAGAAAUCCAAGAUAUCAAAACCAAGUAUGAGAGAAAGCUUCGUGAUGAAAAGGAAUCCAACCUGAGGCUCAAGGGAGAAACAGGCAUCAUGAGGAAGAAGUUCAGCAGCCUGCAGAAGGAGAUUGAAGAGCGAGCUAAUGACAUUGAGGUCCUAAAGGGGGAGCAGGUAAAGCUGCAAGGAGUCAUCAAGUCCCUGGAGAAGGACAUCCAAGGCCUCAAGCGAGAGAUCCAGGAAAGAGAUGAGACAAUUCAAGACAAGGAAAAGCGAAUAUAUGAUUUGAAAAAGAAAAAUCAAGAGCUAGAGAAAUUCAAGUUUGUGCUUGACUACAAAAUAAAGGAGCUGAAGAAGCAAAUAGAACCUCGAGAGUAUGAGAUCAAGGUGAUGAAGGAACAGAUUCAGGAGAUGGAAGCCGAGCUAGAGCGUUUCCAUAAACAGAACACGCAACUGGAGCUGAACAUCACAGAACUGUGGCAGAAACUGAGAGCCACUGACCAGGAGAUGCGCAGAGAGCAGCAGAAGGAACGGGACUUGGAAGCAUUGGUCAAACGGUUUAAGACCGACCUUCACAACUGUGUGGCAUAUAUCCAGGAACCGCGCCUGCUGAAGGAAAAGAUCCGAGGUCUCUUUGAGAAGUACGUGCAGCGGGCAGACAUGGUGGAGAUUGCAGGGCUGAACUCGGACCUGCAGCAGGAGUAUGCCCGCCAGCGGGAACAUCUGGAGAGGAACCUGGCCACUCUCAAAAAGAAGGUGGUCAAGGAGAGUGAGCUGCACCGCACAGACUAUGUCCGUAUCAUGCAGGAAAAUGUCUCUCUGAUCAAGGAAAUUAAUGAGCUCCGCAGAGAACUGAAGUUUACCCGCUCUCAAGUCUAUGACCUUGAGUCAGCUCUGAAACUGUCCAAGAAAAUCCGACCACAAGAAGCCCCAGAGACAGAAGUCAGCAAGGACAUGCCCAGUGUUGCACCCACCAUGAGGCUGAAUGAGCAAGAAGAAACUGACAGAAUCAUUGAAAUGCAACGCCUAGAAAUCCAACGCCUCAGGGACCAGAUCCAAGAACAAGAGCAGGUCCCGGGGUUCCAUACCAUUGGUGGGAUUCGGCUUCCUUCCCUUGUUGACUCAGAGGUGGAUUUUGAAGUGCAUACCAAGUGA